AUGGGGUACAUCUACAUACCUUUCAGUCUUAAUCCUGAGGAAGAUGAAGCUUCAAUGAAUGAGAAUGACUGUUUAGUACCUGCUCGUAUCCCGUCAUUGACCAACAGCAUCCAGUUUCUUGUGUAUGACCUCAGCAUCAUGGAUGCAAAUAAUACUUUACAGGAAAUCCACGAAGUUCUCUUCCCAGAAAUACACGUAGUUGCUUCUAUGAGUCAUAGGCAUAUGACCGAGUUGAUGAAAAUGUCACCUGUGUACAUUGUGAAGUCCACCAACAAUGGAACAACGCAGUAUAAAGGAUACGCAAUAGAUAUCCUGGAUACAAUUGCCGCUUUCCUAAAUUUUAGUUACAGUGUCACUGAACCACUGGAUCAGUCUUGGGGACUUCCUGUCAACGGAACCUAUGACGGAAUUGUGGGGCAGCUGAACAGAACGGAGGUGGACCUUGCCGCUUGUAACCUAGUAAUAAAUGAAGGCCGAUCUGAUUUCAUGGACUACAUCUAUCCGCCGAUCCGGACAGAUUACAUUGUCGUAGUGUAUAAGAGGCAUGAUAAACAACGAACUACUUCUCUAUUCCUUCUGGCGCUACCACUCAGGCCUACGGUGUGCCUCAUUUUGCUCCUGGUGGCAGGAUUAUGUCCUCUGUUGUUGGCUGUGUUCGAAAGUGGGGAUUUCGGCUGGAACAAAACAGCUGCAGGCUCUGGAGAUGUCGGCGUUACUUAUGUAAAGAAAGUGAAACAGAAUCUGCUUAGUGCUUGCUGGGAGGUCACCGGAUCUCUGUUCAAGCAGGGUUUUAGUAAAUAUCCAAGAACUCUACCCGGGAAGGUGUUGGUGACGUCAUGGUGGAUGCUGAUGAUGGUGAUGACGACAGUCUACUGUGCCAACCUGGUCGCCGCUUUGUCUGCAGAGACUGAUGUUAAACCUUUCUCUGACCUUGAGGGGCUACUCGACAGUGACUAUUCUGUUGGUAUGGAUGUUGGAGGAAUUAGCAGCUACUUACUAAAGUCAAGUCUUCCAUCAAGUGUCAAUGGAAGGAUGUGGUCCAAGAUAGCUGCCAACGACCCUGUGUUUCUUGAUUCCAACGCUGAGGUUCAUUUCAAAAGAGUGAGAAGUGAGAAGUAUGCCUUUUUGCAUCAUGAGUCAAACAUGAUCCGCCCAAUGGCUGAAGACUGCCAAUUGGAGCUUCUAGGAGAAAGUGUACUGUGGUCAAACCUGGCAUUUGGAUUGCCUCAAAGGUCUCCUCUGAAAGCCGACUUCGAUAAGGCGUAA